UAUACCCCUACUGACGUGGAAUUACUUUUAUGCUACUUUUUAAAGAAUCAGUAGAUGGGAAACGGGGCAGGGAAACUGACGGUGUGCUUCACCGGAGUGGGGCCCACGGCCGACGAUCCCCGGCGGAGGAGGAAGGAUAUGGCGGCCGGAAUGGUUAUUCCUGACCCGUUAGACGAUCUGGGUCACUCCUUCUGCUACAUCCGACCCGAAUUGACCCGACUCUCGUCGUCCAAGGUCCACUCCGAAACGGACGACCCCUCGACGACGACGUUUCGGUCAAUCUCCGGAGCCGCCGUGAGCGCCAACACCUCCACCCCUCUCUCCACCGCCUUGCUCGACCUCUACUCCUACAACACCGUCGACCGCGCCUCCGCCUUCGAAGGCUCCACCUCCUUCACCUCAAUCCCCCUCCAGCCCAUUCCGAGGAACUCAUCCGUGCACUCCGGCCCGCUCUACAAUCCGGGUUUGGUUCCCAAUUCGGGCCCCAUGGAGAGGGGAUUCAUGUCCGGCCCGAUCGAGCGGGCGUUCAUGUCGGGCCCACUCGAUCCCGGAAUAUUCUCCGGCCCCCUCGAGAAGGGCCGCUCCGAUCAGUUCCUGCGAAGCUACUCCCACGGCGGAUUCGCCUUCCGGCGCAGAUCGAGAAAAACCUCCUUAAUUCGGGCCCUCAGACGGGCCUUGUCAAGGGGGAUUUCGAGAGGCCAGAACUCAAUCGUGGCACCGAUCAAAGGCCUGGUUGCAAUGAAGGAAAUCGAUUGGGCGGUGAGCUCCGAGAAGCAAAACGAAUUGACAGUUAACAGCAGUGUGAAUUUCAGCAGCGAGUGCAGCUUAGACGAAGACGAGCCGUUAGAAAGCCGGAAUCUGCAGUGGGCCCAAGGAAAAGCCGGCGAAGAUCGAGUCCACGUGGUGGUUUCCGAGGAGCACGGUUGGGUUUUCGUCGGAAUUUACGAUGGGUUCAACGGUCCAGAUGCACCGGACUAUCUGCUAUCCAAUCUGUACUCAUCUGUUCAUAAAGAGCUCAAAGGUUUGCUCUGGGAUGACAAUAGUACAUCCAAUUCAUCUUCUGCUGCAAUCGGGACUUCCAUCUCGGCAGAAGACGAAUCCAAUUCGAAUCAAGAUUCCAACGAGGACAAUUCGCGCGACAGGACUAAAGACGGUUGCUCGAGAUGCGUAGAGCAAGAGAAUUACCCUUGCACAAACGGCGACACUAAUGGCGAAUUGAGGUACAAGAAAAAACGGGGAAGAAACACGAGGAAUAAGUAUAGAGGAGUGGCGAAGAAAUGGGAGGAGAAUCAACGGAGGUGGAGAUGCGAGUGGGACAGAGAACGAUUGGAGCUCGAUAAAAGAUUAAAGGAGCAGUUCGAUAAACACAGAUCGAACGGAUCGAGCACAACGAAUCACGCGGAUGUGCUAAAGGCUCUUUCGCAAGCGUUAAAGAAAACGGAGGAGGCUUAUCUGGAUAUUGCCGAUAGAAUGGUUAUGGAGAACCCGGAGUUGGCUCUGAUGGGUUCUUGUGUUCUUGUUAUGUUGAUGAAGGGAGACGACAUGUACGUGAUGAAUGUGGGCGAUAGUCGAGCUGUUUUGGCUCAGACGAAGGAGCCUGAUCUUUGGAGCCAGGAUUUGGAGAGGAUUAACGAAGAGACUUUGUAUGAUCUCGAGGCGUUUGAUGGUGACGCGUGCAAUGCUCCGCCGAAGUUAACCGCGGUUCAGUUAACUAUGGAUCAUAGCACCUCCAUCGAAGAGGAAGUUGUAAGAAUUAGAAACGAGCACCCUGAUGAUGCUUCUGCUAUGGCUAAUGAUCGGGUUAAAGGUUCGCUAAAGGUGACUCGGGCUUUUGGUGCUGGUUUUCUUAAACAGCCGAAGUGGAACCAAGCACUUCUAGAGAUGUUCAGAAUUGAUUAUAUAGGAAAUUCGCCAUAUAUAAACUGUCUGCCGUCACUUUACCAUCACCGAUUAGGGCCGAGGGACAGAUUCGUAAUUUUGUCAUCCGACGGACUCUACCAAUACUUCACCAAUGAAGAAGCUGUCUCGGAAGUCGAACUUUUCAUCUCUUGGUCGCCUGAAGGUGAUCCAGCUCAGCAUCUCAUCGAAGAGUUGCUCUUCCGUGCAGCAAAAAGAGCCGGAAUGGAUUUUCACGAAUUGCUCGAAAUACCACAAGGGGAUCGAAGGCGUUACCAUGACGACGUCUCGAUAAUCGUUAUUUCAUUGGAGGGAAGAAUAUGGAGAUCAUGUGCAUAGUUAGCGAACGAGAAACGCAUCCAAAUUUUAUUUUUUUUUAUUUUAAUUUUUGUUAUUUGUCAACCUUUGUAGAGAAAUAUGAUCUGUGAAUUUAUGUGAAGGUGAAAAAAAAAAUCACCAGUUUCACUGAAAAAAAUGAACUUGUUUUUUUUGGUAAUUAAUAAAAAUGGCAACCUAAAGAAGGAAUUUUGAUAAUGAUUUUCAUUUUUUCAGCACUUAUUCAACGAAUUGCAUAAAACUGUAGUAAAUGCAAAUGCAGGUGGGGAGAUUGGUUGGUUGAUAGAUUUAUUUAUUAUAUAUGAAUGUAAUGAAGAAGACUGUCAUCUUAUUCCUACCUUUGUCAUUAAUAAUACUUGAACCGAUAACCAAUUAUUA